AUGGCUCUGAAGGGAGGCAAGAUCCCAAUGCAUUUGAAGACUGUUACACAAACAGGAGGACCUGAGAAGGUUUUCAGCUCGCAUAUCUGGGAGCAAAUCGCAAGACUAUCGAUUGUUAUUCCCAAUGGAGAGAAAACUCACGAAUGUGAUGAGUGUACAAAAAUCUCCAAAUGUAUCUCCAGCUUUGAUCUUCUUCGGUGUGCACACUCAGGAGAGAAGUCUCACACGUGUAGUAAGUGUGGGAAAAGCUUCAUUAAUGUGUCAGGUCUUCCUGACUACCAGAGAAAUUACAUAGGAAAGAAGUACUAUAUGUGUGAUGAGUACGAUCAGGAAAUUCGCGACAGCUCACCUCUGCAAUGUCAUCUGAACGACCAUGCUGUAGAGAAAGUGCACAAAUGUGAGGAAUGUGGGAAACGCUUCAAGCAUAGAGCAACGCUCAAAGUUCAUUGCAAAGGCCACACAAGAGUGAAGCCUUUUCACUGUGAGGAGUGUGGGAAGGCCUUCGGUCAUAGAGCAGAUCUUCAGAUUCAUUAUAGAAUCCACACAGGAGACAAACUGUAUAAUUAUGGGAAGAAUUUCCGGGUCGCCUUACAGUUCCUGCCCCGUCAGAAAGCACACAUUGGAGAGAAACCAUUCAAAUGUGAGGACUGUGUGAAGUACUUCAGUAGUAGAUCAAAACUUCAAAUCCAUCGUAGAAUCCACACAGGAGAGAAAUCCUAUAGUUGUGAGGAGUGUGGAAAGGGUUUCAGGCAGGCUGCACAUUUAAUGACCCAUCAGCUUGUCCACAGCGGAGAAAAGCCCUUCGUGUGUGAGGAGUGUGGAAAGUACUUCCGCAGUAAACCAAUACUUCAGGUUCAUUACAGAAUCCACACAGGAGAGAAACCGUACAAAUGCGAGGCGUGUGGGAAGGGCUUUAGGCAGGCCUCACAUCUUUUUUCCCAUCAAAGAGUCCACAGUGGAGAAAAACCAUUCAAAUGUGAAGACUGUGGGAAGUACUUCAGUAGUAGAUCAAAUCUUCACACUCAUUAUAGAAUCCACACAGGAGAGAAACCCUAUAAUUGUGAGGAGUGUGGGAAAGGCUUCAGGGUUGCAUCACAACUUUCAGCCCAUCAGAGAGUCCACAGUGGAGAGAGGCCAUUUAAAUGUGAAGAGUGUGGGAAGUACUUUAGAACUCGAGGCUAUCUUCAAAUGCACUGCAGGCUCCACACAGGAGAGAGACCUUACAAUUGUGAGGAGUGUGGGAAAGGCUUCAAGCAAGCGGCACAUCUUUUGACCCAUCAGAGAGUUCACAGUGGAGAGAAACCCUUCAAAUGCAAAGAGUGUGGAAAAAGCUUCUGUCAGAUUUCUCACCUUCAGGCCCAUCAAAGAGUCCAUAAGGAAGAUAAGCCAUAUAAAUGCGGACAAUGUGGAAAGGCCUUCAAAUGGAGCUUGAAUCUUGACAUGCAUCAGAGGGUCCACACAGGAGAGAAACCUUAUAAGUGUGGGGAGUGUGGGAAAUACUUCAGUUACGCAUCAAGUCUUCAGCAUCAUGAACGUGUUCACACUGGAGAGAAACCGUACAGAUGUGGUGUGUGCAAUAAAGUCUUCACUCGUUCUUCACAGCUGUAUUCCCACCGGAGAGUCCAUACUGGAAAGAAACCUCAUAAGUGUGAGUAUUGUCUGAGUUCUCUGAGGUUAUCGCAGCACAUCAAAGCCAGAGGAGAUGGAGAGAAUGCCGGAAGAGAAAUACCAGCGUCCACCGCCGUCCUGAGGCGGCCUAGCGGGCUGCAGAAACAAGUUCUGAGGCAGUCCUGUGAAAUUCAGCCAAACCCUGGAGCUAGGGCGCGGCCAGAGUUCCGACAACUAGUCUACCUGCCACACUCUGACCUGCUGCGCAGUGUGUACUUGUAUCACCGGAUCCACAGUGGCAACAUCAGAUAA